AUGCCGGACAAGAUCCUUGACGACAUUUCCCACCGUAGAUUCAACCCCCUUCGCGGAAGCUGGAUUCUUGUCUCUCCGCAUCGAACGAAGAGACCAUGGCAAGGACAGCAGGAGAGCCCCGGCCUCAUCGAACUCCCUGUCUAUGACCCGAGUUGUUAUCUGUGUCCGGGAAAUAAAAGAGCUUCUGGGGACACCAACCCCAAUUACAAGGACACAUUCGUUUUCGUGAACGACUUCAGUGCAGUUAAAGAGUCACAAGAAGAGUAUACCUCGCCCGAUCCGCCAGGGAGCCUGCCGGGGCGUUUCUUGAAAGCCGAACCAGUCCAGGGGAAGUGCUAUGUCUUGACCUUCAGCGCUGCCCACAACAUCACCCUGGCCGAUAUGUCUCCUGCAGAAAUCCUUGCCAUUGUGAGGACCUGGACGGACAUCUACACAGCACAUAUCUCGCCGGAAUCACCCCUAGCGGCACUGGCUAGGCCUACUCACCUCCCUCCGAGUAACCCGCACACCGAGGUUGGCACACCGAAAGAACAGUAUAGAUGGAUGCAAAUCUUUGAAAACAAAGGUGCGGCUAUGGGUUGCUCGAAUCCCCAUCCUCAUGGACAAAUCUGGACCACCACUUCAUUGCCAGAAGAACCCGCCCUUGAACUUGAACAGCUGAGGAAGUAUCAUCGCGAGCAAGGGGGUGGACACAUGCUUGUCGAUUAUGCUCGCCUAGAACGGGAAAAGAAUGAGAGAGUCGUCUUCCAGAACGAGACCUUCCUAGUCAUCUGUCCAUGGUGGGCGACCUGGCCAUUCGAGACUAUGAUCCUCCCGGUUAAACACAUUCGCUCUUUAAUUGAUCUGACUGAGACAGAACAAAGACAUCUGGCAGAGGCAAUUGCUGAAGUCACACGUCGAUACGACAACCUAUUUGAGACCAGCUUCCCGUACAGCAUGGGCAUCCAUCAGGCGCCGCUCGCGGGUAGCGACGAGGAAAUCGAAUGUUCGAGUCUUCACCUCCAUUUUUAUCCUCCACUUUUGAGAAGCGCCACCGUCAGAAAAUUUUUGGUUGGGUAUGAAAUGAUGGCAGAGCCUCAGAGAGAUAUCACACCCGAACAGGCCACGCUCAAGUUACAGAAUUGUGGCGGAGAGCUAUACAGGAAAAGGAUCCAGGCAGGAGCGGUUGUUCAUGCUCCCCCUGCGUCGGAAAAAGCUGUACCCUGA